AUGUCAAAAGAUUCUUGCCCAUGUGGUAACCCCGGUUCAUGUUGCAAGUCAGUUGCUCCCGUACCACUCCAUCGUUCAGGUUCAAAACGCACGCAUGUCAAUUCGGUAUGGGCUAUCACCCCUCAAACCCGAGAAGAACAACUUCAAACUUUAUUAGGAUCAGAAGAACCUCUCGAUCAUAAAUGUGGUGCAUCUCAAAGAGCUGAUGGGAAAUGUUGUAAGGAUCUUAAGGGUGAUGAUGAACGUCAUUUAAUCUCACCAGAGGUUGUCAGGGAUGUUAUCAUUGGUUUGAGUGAUGGACUUUGCGUACCUUUUGCUCUAUCGGCUGGACUUAGUAAUUUGGGUUCGUCAAGAUUAGUCAUAGGAGGUGGUUUAGCAGAAUUAUGUGCUGGUGCUAUCUCGAUGGGUUUGGGUGGUUAUCUCGCCUCUCAAGCGGAAUUAGAUCACUUUCAUUAUCUUCGUCGUCAAACUCGCGCUCGUGUACUUCGUUCUUGCGCAGGAGAGAUGGAACGUGAAGUUCACGCCCUUCUCGGUCCAUUAGGAGUCAAAGAAGAAUUAUCAAGAUUAGUAUGUGAAGAUCUCCGUGCGGUAGAAGAAAAAUCAUACGAGUAUGAAGGAAAUGAUCAAGGUGGUAAUGCAGGUUUGACAAGUGGGGUAGAACCAGCUGUUCAAUUACCUAUCGAAGCGGGUGAAGUUGGAAGACAAGGUUGGUUCAGAUGGCGAUUGAGAAAGACGGAAGAGGAAGAUGGAGGUAUUAAAGGUGAUGUGAAUCAAGAGAUGGGAUUAACACCUUUUUUGUUAAAGUAUGGUGAAGGAAUGGAAGAAGUCCCAGUAUCCAGAUUAUACAUCUCAGCACUCACCAUCGGUAUUUCUUACUUUGUUGGAGGUCUUAUCCCUCUUAUUCCGUACAUGGCAACUUCCAGCGCACGUGUUGGACUGAUCGUUUCCUCCAUCGUGACGGGUAUCGUCUUGUUCAUCUUUGGGGGUUUCAAGACUUACUUCACUGGUGCCGAAGGAGGUUAUGGCGGAUAUCUCUAUGGAGCAACGAGCACCAUGUUAGUAGGUGGUGUAGCCGCAGCAGCCGCUUUUGGAUUAGUCAAAGUCCUCGAUGUUCAGGCUUGAUCAUUAUCUCUUUUCCUCUUUUCAAUAUCACCACAUCCGUAUCACAUUGUCAGAAAUCAGCAAGAUAUCAUAUCGAUCUGUUAUGCUUCAUGUUUAUAGCUGUUUCUAUUUGCUAUCGAGAAUGAUUGUCGUCAUAUCAGAGUGUAAAAGUCUACCAUGCAUAUGAUUACUCC